ACUGAUACCCUGGGUCGUCCUGAACACAAUGAGCCUCAUACCCUGGGUCGUCCUGAACACAAUGAGACUCAUACCCUGGGUUGUCCUGAACACAAUGAGACUGAUACCCUGGGUUGUCCUGAACACAAUGAGACUGAUACCCUGGGUCGUCCUGAACACAAUGAGCCUCAUACCCUGGGUCGUCCUGAACACAAUGAGCCUCAUACCCUGGGUCGUCCUGAACACAAUGAGCCUCAUACCCUGGGUUGGCCUGAACACAAUGAGCCUCAUACCCUGGGUCGUCCUGAACACAAUGAGCCUCAUACCCUGGGUCGUCCUGAACACAAUGAGACUCAUACCCUGGGUUGUCCUGAACACAAUGAGACUGAUACCCUGGGUCGUCCUGAACUCAAUGAGCCUCAUACCCUGGGUCGUCCUGAACACAAUGAGACUGAUACCCUGGGUCGUCCUGAACACAAUGAGACUCAUACCCUGGGUCGUCCUGAACACAAUGAGCAUCAUACCCUGGGUUGUCCUGAACACAAUCAGACUGAUACCCUGGGUUGUCCUGAACACAAUGAGCCUGAUACCCUGGGUUGUCCUGAACACAGUGAGCCUCAUACCCUGGGUUGUCCUGAACACAGUGAGCCUGAUACCCUGGGUUGUCCUGAACACAGUGAGCCUCAUACCCUGGGUCGUCCUGAACACAAUGAGACUGAUACCCUGGGUUGUCCUGAACACAGUGAGCCUGAUACCCUGGGUUGUCCUGAACACAAUGAGCCUCAUACCCUGGGUUGUCCUGAACACAGUGAGCCUGAUACCCUGGGUUGUCCUGAACACAACAAGAUGUCCUACGAGUCCAAAUGUUCACAUUUCCACAUCAUCAAACUCAUGUUGAUGAUCACUAGUGAGCCUCAUACCCUGGGUUGUCCUGAACACAGUGAGCCUGAUACCCUGGGUUGUCCUGAACACAGUGAGCCUCAUACCCCGGGUUGUCCUGAACACAGUGAGCCUCAUACCCCGGGCUGUAACAGAGGUUGUUAUCAUGUUGUAUUUGUUUCUCCCAGCUGUAAGGAGGACAUCUGUAAUGGUGUCAGCAGUCUGCUGGUCUAUGUGAACAGUCUGAAGGGCCUAGCCUCCAUCAGAGAUGCUGUGUGGGACCUCCUCUCCACCGACUCCAUCAGUCAACACUGGAGCUUCAUCUGCCAGCGGCUGUUAGAGCGCCCCCUAGCGCUGUGGGAGGACUUCCUACAGCAGCUCUUCCUCCAACGCCUGCAGGCGAUCACCCAGGAGGGUACAGAGACUAUCUCCACCAGCUGCAGACAGCUCCUCUCCUCUGCCCUUCGAGAUCUAGAGGGCCAUCCCACCCCUCCAGGCCCCGGUCCACCGGGCUCCAGCCCUCCUCUCCCCAGCCGAGGUGCUCUCUACGAGGCAGACGUGGCCUCCUUCCUGUGGUCCGAGGCCCAGGGGGAUCUACUGAGCGACGCGGCCUGGGUCAGUGUAUCCCAACGGGGGCCACAGCACCGGAGCGGCCUGGCCAUGAAGACUCAGGCCCUGACACCCUGUGUCCAGAUCUUCUGUUCAUCACUGGAUGCUGCUCUCAGAGACAGACUGGAUGACCUGCAGCACUACCUGCCCUCUGAUAACACAGAUCCCCAGGUCCCCUCCGUCUCCUUCACUAUAGGCCUCGGCUCUGGGUCCAGUUCUGGUUCCGGUACCGUCUCAUCAUUCGACCGGUUCACAGACGCCGUGGCGGUAGAGGAGACCCUACGUGAACGCUGUCUGGCAUGCGUACGUGACAUCAUCACCUGCGUGCGCUCUAAACUGGAGGCGGCCUCACCUGUUGGCUCCUCCCCCGGCCCAGCCCGUCUCAGCUCGGUGCUCUUCAUGGCCCGCCUCUGUCAGUCCCUCAGCAAGCUCUGCCCCAACCUCAGGCAGUGCAUCCUGGGUAAACAGGGCUGUGCUGCAGCUGACCCUGUUACCAAGGGAACACCCCGCCAAAGCAGGAAGUUGGGGAAGGCGGCUGCCAAGGCGACAGAGGUUAGCCCCGCCCAGGCCAAGUGGGCGUGUCUGAAAGAGGAGCUUCUGGUUGUCAGUAUGGAAGCAUAUCGGAUAUGGAGCUCCGCCCUCUCUAAGGCGCUGGUGGGUCGGUUUGCGACCUCGCUGCACGCAGAGUCUGCCGGGGCUAUCCUAGCAAACGCCACCAACUGGGAGGAGCUAGAGAUCCAGGAAGAGGCGGAGUCAGGGAGCAGCGUCACCUCCAAGAUCAGACUUCCCGUCCAGCCGUCAUGGUUUGUCCAGUCUCUGCUGUUCCACCUGUGUCUGGAGGUGAAUGGUGUAGGGGGUCAUGCUGUGCCCCGCCCCACCCUACAGGAAUUACUACAAGGCUGUAUGGACCUGGUGCUGCACCAGUACCAGAACCUCAUACACACAGAGCAGGACAAGGACUGUCUGUUCCCUAUGACUCAGAACAGGUCUCUACAGCUGUUAUUUGACCUGAGAUAUCUCACUGCUACCCUGGGUACCAAACUAGAGGAUGGCAGGGGCUUCCGCUCUCAACAAGACCCCAGGGUCCAGCAGGUGUGUGAUUCGCUGGAGAGCUACAUUGAUCCCUUUGACCUGGAUGUGUUCAUGCCGCCAUUCAACAGCAACCUCAACCGCCUAUCACAGAGGAGUUCGGUGUUGUUGGGGUUGUUGACGGGGACAGAGAAGCAGUUUGUUUCCCGUGGUAACAGCGCGGCCUCUCAGGAACCCUACAACAUCCUGCCGCUGGCCAGCACCCAGAUCAGGUUUGGGCUGUUACCUCUGAGCAUGACCAACUCCCGUAAAACCAAGUCCUCCACACAGGGAACUGACAUCACACGCCCACUGGCCUCACCCACCUGUAAACCCGCCCAUGACGACACCUUCCGCCCUGGCAACCUGUUCAGACAGCUAGCCAAUCAGGAGGAGGAGCCCGUGGCGCCGCCGUCGCUAUUCAAGCUGGGCUGGCUCUCUGGCAUGUCCAAAUAAGGGGCCAUGUCCCUAAUGACAUUCUCUAUUCCCACUAUGUAGUGCACUACUUUUGACAAGGACCUAUGGGAACUGUUCCCACUAUAUAGGGAACAGGGUGCCAUUUAACACUGAACCCAAAUAAGGAGUGUGUCUGUUUGUAUUCUUUAAACACCUUGUACUGUACAGAGACUGUUAGCAGAUAUGGAUCAAUAUUACAGUAUGAACAGAAUAUUAAUGAGA